AGUACCGUACAGUAAGUAAUGUGCAGAAGCAGUUGCUACAAAAAUACUACUAGUUAGGUAGGCACAAGUUCUAUCAUAUCUAUGAUACAUAGUUAGAGUAUGGCAUGUUUUUUUUAUUCCAAUGGGUCAAAGAUCAAAGACGUCGCCCAAAAGGCGCCGUCACCUCGCGAGUCAUUUUCAAGCCGUGAACAAAUUGAAUCGCUCUCUCUCUUCCGCGACGUCCGUACCGGUGCGGUAAGCCAUGAAUCGGAGCGCGGGUUGCUGUACGGUACCGUGUGGCAUGUCCGCCACCCCAAACCUCGAACGGCUCGAUCGUUUCACGCGGCUUCCACCAUGCUUUCCAACAUCGUCUUCGCGGUCCUGGCCUGCUUCGUCCUCAACGCUAGCGCAACCCAUGCCUUCGUCGCAACGGCCGGCCGCAGCGGCAACAAAACCCGUCGCGGACGCCGGCUUGGCGGGCCGCAGCGACGGCCACCAGCGGAGACAGCGACGUCGCUGUCCGACAUGAAGCGCCCCGUUCUGGAUCGGGUGGCCUCCUUUUUGUUUCGCCUGGAAAACGACAGGGUCGAGAGCUCGUCCGUGGUGGACGACAAGGGACGGAAGGGAGAACCCAUGGAGUGGAGCGAAUCGGAUUCCCUGGCGAACAGGUUCUCUGCCAUCGUUGCCACCAACGGUCUCGGAUACCGGUUCAAGCAAUUCGUGGCCGACAUCGUAGCGGGAGACGACUACGACGCGGAAGAAGUGAACAACAGGAUCGACGUAUUUAUCUCGGAACACCCGGUGGCGAUGUUCAGCUUUACGACCUGCCCGUUCUGCCGGCGGGCCAAGGACCUUCUCGACGAAAAAGGAAUACCCUACGGCGUCAUCGAGCUCGACGAACUGGACGGGAACGCCGGGAACGAACUACGGGCAAACCUAGGGAGAAAGACCGGCAGAACCUCGGUGCCGUCGAUCUUUAUCGGGGGAAGUUGCAUCGGGGGCUGCAACGACGGGCCGGGGCUCCUGCCCCUCGAGGAAUCCGGCGAUCUGGACCGGAUGCUGCGGGAGGUUUUAUAGGCGCGCACGGAUCGAUCGGCGGCCUGCCUACCGAACUGCGUACCGUGCGAAUAGAUGCAUGGUAUGUGUUGCACACGAUGCUCAAUGCACAACCCAUGGUUCCGCUGCCGCAUGGGAUUGUCGUGUUGCAUCGAGUACCGAUGCAACAGUCCGUCCGAAACAACUCGGUCAUCGGUCACCCCAGCUUCGGCAUUCCCGUGUUUCGGAAUCCUCUAAUACAGUACCGAAGAGCAAGAAUGUUCCGCAGAUAUUUGUGCGAUCAACCCGUCAAUACGAAGGCAAGCAGGAUUCAUGUCGAAAGAACAACAAACAUGCCUGCUUGCAGUGUGCAAGUGCCAAUACCGUUACUUAUCGUAAUAUUUUCUUAAAGCCGCUGAAUUGUCCCCUAAGGUUAAAGCUCAAAGCACAAUGAUUACGAGUACGUAGAACAACUUGAAAGUACGAGUACAUGUACUAUUGUACACGUACGACUGACGCUGGGGUCUCGGAACAAAAUUCUCCCCUGCGUAAAAUGCGUUGAGGCAGUUUGAUUGUUUUUCGAAUUUCAAUAGUCGUCUCAAAUUAUGACCCCUGCCCAUUUUAUGUACGAAGUACGAAGUAGCAAAAAGAACCCCACUUACUUGAAGCUUGGGAAUAGUAAUUAUUCUUCUGCUCAUACCAGUAGCAUGCACCCAAACCUUGUAAAAAAGUGUCAGGGUUAUAUAAUCGAUUAAAUAAUUAAUUGACGC